CAGCCGCCGUGGUAGGAGGCUCGGCCGAGUGGUCCCAGGCCUGUCGGGAUGGACGAGACGCCGGAGGAAGGGGCGGACGAAGCGGUGGACGAGGAUGACGACGAGGACGACGAAGACGCCGACUACGACGAUGAGGACGAGGACGACGAGAGGGCGGAGGCGGAGCGGGUGCGCUGGGCCUCCCGUCGCAAGCGCCCCUCCGAGGCCCGGCUGGAGCUCAAGCGGGACUCCAAAUCGAGCCGCGCGACUGAAUCGGGAGCUUCUUCCGAAGAGGAAGCCGAGGAAGAAUUGGAGGGCCCGCCCGAGCCUCCGCCCGCCGCCGGCCCCGCCUUUUUAAGUUGGACCCCCGCCGAGGUGGCUGAUUGGAUAGAGUUGCUGGGCUUCCCCGAGUACAAGGAAUGCUUUACUGAAAACUUUAUCUCUGGGCGCAAGCUCAUCCAUGUAAACUGUUCAAAUCUGCCACAGAUUGGGAUAACUGAUUUUGAGCAUAUGAAGACAAUUUCUCAUCAUGUACGACAACUGUUGGAAAUAGAGGAGCCUCUUUUUUCCAGAAGCAUUGCCCUCCCGCACAGAGAUAACAUGGGCUUAUUUCUUGAACAAAAAUCUCGGACUGGAAAACGAAGUGAUGCCCUCACCUAUUCUCAGUUUAUCCAGGAUGCGCAGUUACAGGCAUAUGAGCCACAGCCUCCAACUCAAGAGCCAAGUCCAAUUACAAGUUCACUGUCUUCAAAAUAAGAACUGUUGUUGUGGCUUUUACAGUGCUUUCAUCUCUUUUCUACAUCUGUGUGGCAGUACCCGUUCCCUGAAAAUAUUCAUUUAUUUAAUUAAAAUAUUUCUCUGCCAUGUUUUCACCCAAUUAGGGUCUCCAAGGCAGUGAAUAUCAAAUCAUUAAAACAUUUCAAUAUUGAAACAGCAUUUAAAAUAAAGUGUGUAUAAAAACAUACAUAACACCAGAAUGAGGCAGGAGGGCCAAUAACAAGUUAUUGGAAGUAUGCCAAACAAACAAAUGUCUUCACUCACUGGUAGAAGACAACAAUAGAGGAAGACAGACGAAUCUCCCUUGGGUGGAAGUUCCAAAGUUUUGGUGCCAUGACUAUGGAGGCCCUUUCUUAGUUUUCUACUCAUCUAGCCGCAGAUGGUGGAGGCACCUGCAGCAGAGCCUCCAAAGAUGGCAGGAGUGGAUGGGUAGGUUCAUGUGGGACAAGCUGGUCCUUAAGGUGGUGGAGAGUGCCCUGAAGUCAUAGCUGACUUAUGGCAACCGCAGACAGGGUCUUCAUGGCAAGGGACUAACAAAGGUGGUUUGCUAUUGCAUGCCUCUGCACCCCUGGUCUUCAUUGGAGGUCUCCCAUCCAAUUACUAACCAAGGAUGACCAUGCUUGGCUUCUGAGAUCUGAUGAGUUCAUACUCACCUGUGCUAUCCAGGUUAGGGCGGUCCUUAAAUUAUGCAGGCCCUAAGCCAUAUAUGGCUUUAAAUGUCAAUACCAGUGCCUCGAAUUGAGCUCAGAAGCAAAUUGAGGGCCAGUGUAGAUGAACCAGGCCUGGAGUAAUACAGUCUUUAUGACCCAUUCCAGUUAGCAUUCUGGCUGCAGCAUUAUGUACUAACUGUAGCUUCCAGACAGUCUUCAAUGGUAGCUCCAUGUACAGCACUUUGCAGUAAACAUACAGUUUGAACAACAUAAUCUUAAAGGGCUAUUUUGGUUGCAACUUGGAAAACCAAUAUGUGCGCCAAAACAGUUUAAGCAAAAGUAUAAUCCUAGAUACGGCAACAUUGUACAAUGCUGUGGCAACACAAGCUCAUAGAUUAAGCUCAUAAAUGCACAGCACAGCAGAUCCCAGAACAAACUGUAAUAGGAACCCUCUCAUUGUACUUCAUGAGAACUGGUGUGAACAUGCAACAUGAAAAAGUCAGUAGCAUUUUGAUGAAUGCUCAGUGUUUUUUUUACAUCAGACUCUGUUAGAACCUACUUACAUUCUGAUGAAAGAAGGAACAGGACUGACUGAUUCCAUUCUUCAUUGUGGUCCCCCAACCCAUGAAUUUUUUUGUUUGUGAGAAUUACCUGACCCCUAAGAAACCCUUUUCAGGGCCGAUGGGGCUUCCAGGGGUAGGCAGUGAAAGAUCUGUGUCUAUCAGUGAAAAGUUGAGAGGAUCCAGACCUAUUAAAGCUGCAUAUUCAGAUAGGGAAAGACUCACCAUUUUAUAUUUAAAAAAAACAUAUUCUCAUAAUUUAUUGCUGUAUUAUAAGUUAUGAUGUUGUGACCCACCCU